AUGGUAACUCGCAGCAACAAGAAAAAGGGCAAGUUAGGUCCUAGGUAUAUAGGACCAUAUGAUAUAGUGGAAAGAAUUGGACCAGUUGCUUACCGACUUGUCCUACCCCUGGCUCUAUCAAACCUUCACGAUGUAUUUCAUGUAUCACAACUUCGAAAGCAUGAGCCAGAUCCCUCCCAGGUAAUGCCAGUUGAAGCUAUUGAGAUUCAAGAAAAUCUUUCGUACGUUGAGAAACCGGUCAGCAUUUUGGAUCGUAGGGAUCAAGUCCUAAGGAACAAGUCAAUUUUCCUGGUGCAAGUUUUGUGGAGAAACCCGCGACAGUGGCUGAACGACAACGACGACAGUGGUUGGGCGGUGACGGUGGCUGUGGCUAAACUUGUUGGGCAACUAGAGACCCACUGCCUGUUUAUUUGA